AUGAUGCACUGGCUGACGUCCUUUGUGACGUCCUUCACGGGCUACCUGGCCCCGAUCUUCCUCAUCAUGUCGCCGGUCCUUUCCUACAGCGACCAGGCCUUGUCGAUGCACCGAAACAAGUCGAGCGCCGGUUUCUCUCUGGACAUCCCGUUGAUCAUGCUGGUCGCCUCUCUGCUGAAGAUCUUCUACUGGCCCGGCUCACGAUUCGACACCGCCCUCCUCGUCCAGGCGAUUCUGAUGGUUGGCAUGCAAGUCAUCUUGCUCAAGAUUGCGCUGGAACACCGUCUGCCCCCGUCAUCCAAGGGUGGAGAGGCCGCGACACCUUUCGCAAACGUCAACGACGGUCCCGUCUUUGGCGCAUCGAGACCGUACCACUUUUGGCAGUGGAGGUCGCCCAAGCCCUACUGGCAAUUCCUGCUGUACUUCUUCAUCGCCUUGACCGUCUGCGAACUGCUGCUCUCUCCCGUGCCGGCGAUUUACCAGAGCUACUCGGUUUUGAUCGGCUACAUUGGUCUCUCGGUCGAGGCGACACUGCCCCUCCCUCAGAUCUUUGCGAACGCGCGCUCGCAGUCUUGCAAGGGCUUCCGCUUCUCCGUGCUGGCGAGCUGGCUGAUUGGUGACGCCAUGAAGAUGUUCUGGUUCUUCACCUCGACGACCGAGAUUCCCUGGGCCUUCAAGCUGUGCGGCAUGUUCCAGGCCUGCUGCGACUCUUUCCUCGGUGUCCAGUACCUCAUGUACGGUGACGGCGAGAAGGGCGAGAUCAAGGAGCAUGCCCUGGGCAAUUAUCCUCAGUACCCUGCCGGUGUCUAUAAGCCGCCUUUGCCCGACCACAUUAGCGGUCGCGUCACCCCCACACGGAGGACGUCGUCGCCGUACGGUAAGGAGCUCCGAUAA